GAGUCGGCGGAUGUGGCUGCAAAUAAAGCGAGGGCGAAUUCUCUCCGUUUUGCUCAAAGGUUUGCCUUUUAUCGCACAAUUUUCUAAAGUAAUUGUUUUAGGAAAAGAAGAAGAAGAAGAAGAAUCCAGGGGGGCAGAGUUCAAUCAAAAUUGAACGACGAUGGUCACUGACAUCGCAACCUUGGAAGAGAAGUAUAUCGAACUAUGCCGGGAGCAAGGCGUCUUACCAAAUACCUCCAUUUUAUCUGGCUUCUUCGAGGCGGAGGUUAAAAGAUCUAGCAAGAAAAAAUGUGUCAUGAAGGUGAUGAUGGAGAAACUGAAAGACAUUGAUUUUUGCCCGCUUGUCAAAUUGUGUGAGGAGAUCAGCACGUCCGAGGUAGAAGGAGUUGAUGUGCUCCUGAGAUCCCCUUGUACUUUGGAGGAUGCUUAUGCUUGGUCAUUAAUCCACUCGAUCGGUCAGAAGCUUCGGGUUGUUGACCUCUUUGAUUCUUUCGGGAAAAGCUUCUGGCGGAACCUUUUCCAUUUCGGCAUGAACUGCAAAGUUUUAAAGUUGAGGUCUUUGCGUAUUCUGAAGCUUAACAUCCUAGGGGAGUUCACCCAGUUGCACACCCUUAUACUAGACAAUAACCGUGUUACCGGUUUCGAGGAAAGCUGCUUUUCUUGCAUGCCCAACUUGACAUGUCUAUCGAUGUGCGAGACACUAGUGUCAAAUCUUUGGACAACUACUGCUGCCCUCUCCAAACUCCCAUCUCUCGAGGAACUCAAGUUUCAGAUUUGGCUCUGUUGCAGUGAUUCUGGCCCUUCAAGAUCCUCACCACCACCAUCAUCAUCAUCAUCAUCUUCUUCUACCAGAGAUGAUGACAAUGUGUUCGGUGAACCCGAUUCUUUCUUUGGAAUAGAUUUCUCAGACUUUUUUGAGCAAAUAAAUCCUAAUUUAAAUGUCGAAGAUGCUCUUCAAAAUGACAUGGUCCUACCUCUCGCCUUGACUUCCGAAUUGAACAAAGAGGUAUCGAUGCAGGAAAGGGUUGGAGCUGGCAGCGUGUUACCGGAUGAAGUUUCUCCGGCUGGUUCUUUCACGAGAGAAGUCGGGAAUGUGGGAUUGAAAUAUAUCUCUUCUAAAGCUUCACCAAUAUGCUUCAAGAAGCAUUACAGGAUGUACAUAAUAAACUCACUACCCCAGUUAAAAGUCUUGGACAAUUUGCCCAUCAGGAAGAGCGACAGAGAUAGGGCCGCCGAAACGUACUUUGCGAAUUUCGAGCACUUGCCUUACCGGAGAAAGAACAAGGAAAGCAUAGUUAGGGUCCUACAAAAACGUGAAACGAGGUCAAGCUGUUCAGGCCCGAAGCACGCAAAGUGGAAAUCUCAGUAUUCUUAUACGAGGUCUCUUUCUGCUACAAGGAUGGCGUCGUCGCCUUGGCCGCUUUUUCACCCUCUUCCGGUUUCAGGAAGAAUUUUGGAAGACGAGAACAUGAGAUUAAGUCCAAGGCAGUUUGAAUACCAUCCGUUGAAUCCUAGUCUCAUGGUCUUCGGGACUUUGGACGGUGAGGUGGUUGUUCUUAAUCAUGAAAGGGGGAAAAUCGUCAGUUACAUCCCGUCUCAUGGCGAGCUAAGUAGUGUCUUGGGACUUUGCUGGCUCAAGAUGUAUCCAUCUAAGCUCAUAGCUGGGUCAGCAAAUGGCACGUUGAAAUUGUACGAUAUCGAGAAAGCAUCCUCAUCUCUUACCAGCACAUAUCCGAGCUCCGGCACUGUGACUUUCGAUGAUUUUGACCAGUUAACUUCUGUUCACAUUAACUCUACGGACGAGCUAUUUCUUACAAGCGGGUACUCAAAGGAUGUAGCUAUGUACGAUAUCAGUAGUGGAACACGCCUGCAGGUGUUCACCGACAUGCAUCGGGAGCACAUCAAUGUCGUGAAGUUUGCUAACCAUUCUCCGUACCUUUUCGCAACUUCUUCGUUCGAUAAGGACGUUAAAUUAUGGGACUUGAGGCAAAGGCCGGUCCAUCCAUGCUAUACCGCUUCCAGUACCAAAGGAAAUGUUAUGGUUUGUUUUUCUCCCGAUGAUCAGUAUCUUCUAACAUCGGCUGUUGACAAUGAGGUAAGACAGCUCUUGACGGUUGACGGAAGGGUCCAUCUCAAUUUCGAGAUUGUCCCCACGGGAAGUUCCAUGAACUACACUCGAUCCUACUACAUGAACGGUAAGGAUUACAUCAUCAGCGGGGGCUGUGACGAGAAUCUGAUCCGGAUUUGUUGCGCUCAAACUGGACGGCGCCUCAGGGAUGUGUCCCUCGAGGGAACUGACUCAGACAUGUCACUGUUGUUUGUUCAGUCUUUGCGUGGAGAUCCUUUCAGAGAAUUCAACAUGAGCGUCUUGGCUGCGUACACACGCCCGAGCUCGGGGUCGGAAAUAGUGAAGGUGAACCUGUUAGCGUCGAAAGAUUCGACGAAAGAACAGUUCCAUGGCCUCCGUUGGCUCCACACAAACAGCAUGGGAGGCUGAGAGAGACAACCAAUGUAUAUAUUGUUCCUUGAAUAAGGUCUUUUUUUUUUUAUCCGUUUGUUCUGUAAACAAAAGCGUUAUAUACAUUGUUUAUCUACUACGGGCGGACGAAGGACCAAACCGUGUGGUAUUUUUUUUUUCUGAA